GAAUGGCGCCUUCGUCACGGGAGGACCGGCGUCCCGCACUAUCGCUGCUGCGUUUGACCAUGGCACUGUCAAAUGAUGAAGCCCUUAUUAAUAAAAGAUUACCUAAAGAACUUCUUUUAAGAAUAUUUUCAUUCUUGGAUACAAUUACUUUGUGUAGAUGUGCACAAAUUUCUAAGUAUUGGAAUGUCUUGGCUCUGGAUGGAAGUAACUGGCAAAGAACUGAUCUUUUCAACUUUCAGACAGAUGUAGAGGUUGUUAUACUGCAAUUCUCCACUGUUGCUGAAACAGCUAUUUAUAUACAGUGAAACUGAAACUUGGAAGGCAAUAUAAUUUUAUCUCAUAUCUACUCUUUGUUGAUUUGAAAUUAUUCAGUUAAAUAAAUAAUACA